AUGAGGCGGAUACCAAAUCGCAACACCGCCGCCUUACUACACAACAAUAUACGCAAAGACCAGUUACUACACCGAGACUACGCAACUACGUGUGCUGCCCCAACCUACGACACCGAGGCUCCAGCUUAUUACACCACUAAAGCUGUCGAAUACUACACAGGAACCCCCAAGUACGAUAGAAAUCAGUCGAGUGAGCUUCUCCGAUACUUUUUCACGGCAGCCCCGAAGUUUAGAAUAAACUUCGCUUCAAACAGUGGAACGGCAAAGAGUGAAGACGAAUUCUACUGCAAUCGCGUCGAAUUGAAUAGCAAAGGCGUAGCAUUCGUUCGUGUACACCGCGUCGUUAAAUUUGACAUUGUCGUACCAUCACCAACGACAAGUGACUAUUGCCACAGGUGGUAAACAAAAAUCUUUUCCAAUCCCUGAGCGGUGCCCUUAAAAAUGUCCACGAUUACGUCACGCUGUCCCGCAACAUCGAUGGCGCUAACACAUGCCGAGUCCUC